CCCAGGGGCAGAUGCAAUGGAUCCUUUGUUGAAAUGUGUAAUCUUGUGUUCUUCAGCAGACUACCAUCUGAGACCAAGGAGAUCCUCACCAUGAAUCCCAAACUGACCAAAUAUCAGGAGAAACAGCUUUGCUCCUUCCUGGGAAAAGUCAAACUUCGCUUGCUGUACAAGGCCAGCGUCCACACCUUUUCAGGAACUGUAUUUCACCAGAUAUGUGACAAUCAAGGUCCCACAAUCUCGGUAGGCUACAACUCCUCAGGGUUUGUCUUUGGAGGCUACACUAGUAAAGAUCAUGAUGUAGCCAAGAACGGCCAGUUUAUUCACGAUGACAACGCCUUUCUGUUCAGUUUAAAAUUGAAGAAUUCUGUUAAGUACCCUGUCAUAAAUUUCCCAAAUGCUGUCAAAAUACACCACAACUGUGGCCCUUUCUUUGGGGACGAUUUUGUUCUGAUGUACGAUAACACCGCCAUAGCGGUCAGUAAGCCCGGAUCACACUACAACUUCAAUGCUGCAGAAAUGCACGGCAACAACCUCAACCUCUCUGAGUGUGAAGUCUACAAAGUGGAAGAGUUUAUAACCUUAGAAAAGCCAUGGAGGACCAUUCUUUGGGAAACAGAAAGGAGAGCGGAGCUGAUGGAGUCUAUAAAACUGUACAAGCCCACAAUCAGCUCUGUAGGUCAGGCCAGAGUUUUACUCAUUGGUCCGGUUGGUUCUGGAAAAUCCAGCCUUUUCAACUCCAUCAACUCCAUCUUCCGCGGCCACGUGACCAGCCAAGCCAUAUCAGGAAGCUCCGGCACCAGCGUGACCAUCCAGUUUCGCUCAUAUUCAGUGAAGGAUGGGCGAAACGGCAAACCGCUGUCUGUUGUUUUUUGUGACACAAUGGGAUUGGAGGAGGGGAGAGAUGCAGGGCUGCAUGAGGAUGACCUCAGCAGCAUUCUGAAAGGCCAUGUGCCUGAGAGAUACAAGUUUAACCCCUUAGCCCCACUACAAGCUGAUGCCCAGGGUUCCCAGCAGACUGUGGAACUGCAGGACAGGAUCCACUGCGUGGCGUAUGUGAUGGACACCUGCAAAGUCUCUGUCAUGUCCACCAAACUUCUGGAGAAACUGGCAGCCAUUCGGAAGAGUGUCACCCUGCUGGGUGUCCCACAGCUGGUUGUUCUGACCAAGGUAGAUGAGGCCUGCCCCUGGGUGGCAGAUGACUUGAGGAAUGUCUAUGAGAGCCAGUACAUAAAAACCAAGGCUCAGGAGGUGAGUUGCCAGCUGGGCGUGCCCAUGUCCUGCAUUGUUCCAGUGAAGAACUACAGUGAGGAGGUGGAGCUGGAGAUGAACUGUGACAUCCUGCUCCUCAGUGCCGUGAUCCAGAUGCUUCGCUUCGCCGACAACUACUUUGAUGAUGUCAGCGACCAAGGGAAGCAGGAUUAGAAUAGAGGGGUUUUUCUCACCCUCCUGUGUACCUGGGUUUCCCAAAUCACUCCUCAGGACCUCCAGAUGUUUUGGGUGAUGGGGAGCAGGCACGAGGAGGGGUUUUGGGGAAACCCUGCAGCAUACUGUUUAAUUAGACUUGGUGUGUUUUUUCCCAGUCCAUACUGCAUAUUGUUGUUUUACACUGUUCAUCUUAUCCUUAUCUAUGACUAGUUAUCUGCCCCGCUUUACGCCAGGAUGAUGAAGCUGAUUUAUAACAUGAAAGUAAUGAUGGAGCCAUGAUGUAACCCUGCUGAACAGAAAACUUAGGCGAAACAGUGCAAGAACCUGUUUACAUUCAUUUCACAUUUAGCAUGGUAAUUCUUAAAGGUUGGUCACUAGAAGGCAGCAUAUCACCAUGCCAAUGAAAAUAAAUUGUAGAGGAGAGUUACAACAGAGAGGAAAGUACCUUCUGCUUGAAGUUGCCUAUUAAAGUUACUUGACCAUUAUAUGUAAAUGAUUCUUCAUCCUAUACAGAGCAAAAAUCGAAAUGCUUAAUUUGCUUACAUAGAAGAUUGAAAUGUACAAUAAAUGUAUUGAUACAGUACUCCUUCAUUAACCUCGUUUGCACAUCUUGAAUGCCAUUUAGAAUUUCCAUUUGUACCCAAACAACUGUUAUCCCACUCAUAACAAAUACUAUAGGUAAUACUUGUAAACUUUCCACCCUCCUCUAUUUGCCCUAAUUGCACAUUUAGUACGGCCAUUUGUACUGCAUUUGCUUUCAUUGCAUAUCUACACAUUCCACCUGUAAUAUACAUAUACUUAAUACUUGGAAAUACUUGUAGAUUUAGUCUCCUCUUUGCACUUCUGGUUUGAUGCUAACUGCAUUUUGUUGUACUGUACUUGUAAUGUUUAGUGACAAUAAAGUUCAAUCUAAUCUAAUUCCAGUCAACUUUCAUUGUUUGUGGACAAUGUAUUGGACACUUACAUUACCUGUAGGAAACCACUACAUUGAAAAUGUAAUUCAAAUUUGAACAUUGUGAACUCAAAGUAUUUGUAAAACCUUUUUGAGGUCGGGGGGACUCUGCAUUCCAGUAUUUGAAUGACAAUGAUACAAAUUGUCACAUCCUGGCUAUGCCCCUAGCCAUCUCUGCACUGGGCUGGGGGCAUAGUCAGGACAAGACGGAAGGUGGCACCU